GGUGCAACACGACCUGUAUAUAUAUAUAUAUAUUAUUUUUUCUAACUCGGCGUAGAAGAACACCAUGAUCACAGAGGAAGGGCAGCAAACCGUUCUCCUUUGCAAGCCCAGCUGUCAGCAUGCACACAACAUCAUUGUGCAAGAGCUGCAGGCAGGCGGCCUUGUGGUAGAUCGACGCCUCUUCAAUAUCUCCCCGGAGCAAGUCAUCGCCGUCGUUUUGCAGUACCCCGCCGUGAAGGGACGCGUGACGGAGCACUUAUCUGCGAAGCCGAGCACCGCGGCGAGUGCUGUGGGGGCUACUGGGGCCGUGACCGCCGUUACCGAGGAGUCCUCAGACAAGGCAGCGGACUUGACAGAUACCAUCGAAGUGGCACAACGACACCGCCUGCGCCGCUACCUGGCACCGCGACAGGCUGAACUGCCGGAUCGACGGCUGCUCUCGCGCAUUCAGGAGCUCGCACAGGGAAAUCGCGCCCACCCGGCGGCCGCCCCCGCCGCCGCCGCGACCGCAAACGCUGCGGGUGGCUCCACCGCUGCAUUUUUGCCCGCGCAGAAGCGGCUCUCCAGCUCGCAGCACUCUGGCUCAUCGGCAGAGGAUCGGCGGCGGUCAGCGCGAUCCGCCGCCGAGCCACUCCAGCAUCUCGGCAACAACCGCAGCGGUGCUUCACACAACGCGCGUGCCACAACACUCGCCUACCAGCGCUCUCAGCUGUCCUUCACUGCGGUGGACACGACGCUGGCGGGUCUUGCGCUGGACACCGUGCUCGACCACCCCGCUCUGGAGUUUCAUCUCGUGCGCCAGCAUGUGGAACACUUGAUUCAGGACGGGACGGUGCUCGUGCUGCUCGUCCGCGGCGUCGAUGCAGUGGAACGCCUCUCUCAGCUUUGCGGACCCGACAACGUGGAGGAAGCGCGUCGCGUCGCACCGAACAGCUGGACGGCGCGGUUUGGAAGGGACGAGGUGCGCAAUGCGGUGUACGCGCCGCGCACGUUAGCGGACGCACAGCCGGUCUUCAACGUGUUGUUUGGGUUCUCGCCGAAUGCACGGACGGGGCUGGCUGGCAGCGGCAUGAAGCAGCAGCAGCAGCAGCAGCACAUCGUCUCCAAUUCGACCUUUGCGCUUUCAGACGUAGCAGCGCCGCCCCCGCUAACCUUCGCUGCUCUUCUGCCUGCCCUGCGCUCACAGGUGGAUGCGCAGCGGCGCCUUUCGUACUACACUGGUGUGCCAAACGUGGGCACGCCGCCGAUGUCCGCCACCUCCGACGCCGCGCAGGUCUCCAUGACCUCCUCGAUGGGCACGCGGCAGGGCGACGUCUCCUCCACAAGCACGAGCGCGGCGCAUCCAACCGCGAUGACGCGUUUAUCGUGGGCGACGCCGUAUCCGGAGCGGCGGGAGCGGCUGGACGAGCUCGACGAUCUUCUCCAGCAGCGUACCGUGGGGUGUUGA